GCCCAGAUCCCUUCUGGGUCACUUCAGCUUGCGCGGUGGCUGGCGACGAGAUAUCAACGCCGCCUUUCAGGCAAUUGAUCGUGUAUCAUAGCCACCCUCUUCCAUUUCUCCACCGACCUCCAUAUUCCACCAUACCUAGUCCCCAACCCAGGCUUGCACUGCCGCCAAAAUGGGCAGGAGAAAGAUCGAGAUCAAGGCCAUCAAGGAUGACCGGAAUCGCUCCGUAACAUUCCUAAAGCGAAAAGGCGGCCUGUUCAAGAAGGCGCACGAGCUUUCGGUACUAUGCUCCGUCGACGUCGCCGUCUUCAUAUUCGGCAACAAUAAGAAGCUCUACGAGUACUCAUCAUGUGAUAUGCGCGAGCUGAUCACAAGAUAUACAUAUCAUGGAGGUCCAAAUGAGCACAAGGGCCCGUCUGAUUUCAAUGGCGGCGCCGAUGAGGAUGGAAGCGACGACGAGAACGGCACUCCUCCACAGGGCGAGGGCAUGGAUCCUAGCAUGCUGCCUCCUCAUUUUCAAGGCCAGCCCCAAUUCUCCCAUAUCAGACAUCACACGCCGUCGGCAUCCCCUCCUAUCCAGAACGGCGUGUUCGCGCCACAUCCUGGCCAUCCAGUCCCGAGAGGGCAUACCCCUCAGCCUGGGAUCGGCUCGCGGCCGCCUUCCAGGGGCGAUAUAAGGAGAAUGGGACCAAACAUGGUCCAGCAAGUCGGGCCUUCUGGCCCUCAGCAACCUCAAGUGAACGGCUAUCCCUUCAUGCCGCAGCCGGCCAUGUACAACACUCAAAACCCGCCGAAUAUCCCCCACGGCUUGCCUCAACAAGGCCCCCAAUAUCCCUAUCCUCCACCACAAGCACAUACACACCAGAUGCAGCCGUACAUGGAGGACCAGCGACGCUCAUCAUUACCUCCCAACUUCCCUCCUCAGGGACCCCAGCAAGGACCACCAGCUCCAAGGCAUUCUGCUUCGCCGCCACAACCAUCAUCCCAGCAGCUCCCUCCUCAGCCUAUCCCACACAUGUCUCCUCCUCCGCACCCACAUCCCAUGCAAAGCCCGCCUCAACCGCAGCACCAGCAGCAACAACACCAGCAACAUCACCAACAGCAGCAACAACACCAACAACAACAGCAGCAACAACAACAGCAUCACCAACAACAACAGCAACAGCAACACCAGCAACAACAGCAUCACCACCAGCAACAACAACACCAGCAGCCGCAGCAGCAGCAGCAGCAACCCCAUGCGCAGUCUCAGCCACAACCUCAAGAACACCAGCCACCACAGAUACAGGAACCGCUUCCUCCCGCUCCUGUAGAGCCGAAAGCCGAGUCUUUGGCAGACCGGGCGCGGGCGCGACAGCCCCCGUUACUCGAUACUGUGGUCAAGAAGCUACCCCAACGCAAAGGGGGAAGCAUCUUCACGCCUAUUGACGAAAAUCGGUCCAUCCUCUCACAACACUUGGCUGCUUUCCAUCCGGAGCCUCCCAAGUCGGACGCUGCCAAUCGAUCCCAACCGGCUGAUGGCGGAAACUCGUCGCGCAAUGGCGGGCCGAGCCCUCCGCCAGCUUCACAACGGUCGACAGAGAGCCAGAGUCACAAUAGGAGAGAUAGACCGAUGGUUUCCAUCCCCGAGACGACAUUUACGCCGCCCUCGCGGUCGAACAGCCUGCGCAUGGGUGGUGGUGGUGGUGGUGCUUCGAGACCACGACUCAAGGUGCAAAUCCCAGACGAGCCUUCGGACGGAGGCAGCGCGACGGCGGAAUCCGGGUCCCCGCGCGGCACCUCUACGGACACUACCUCACAGCCAUCGAGACGGCCGACGGAUUCGCACUCGUCUGGUGUUGUGCUCCCUCCGCCAUCCCCCUCCGCCUCGGCUCUCCUCUCGGCCGGUGCGACUGGCCCACCAAAUCCAUUUGCCCGACCGAACCCUCAUCAUCAGAACAACAUGAACAUCGAUACGCCAGUCUCUGCCUUGCCGUCCCGGUUCCUGAACAAUGAAUUCCUCCCGAGCCCUAACGGCUUCUAUUCCGACUGGAACUUCCGCGGUAGCGACAGCAACACACUGCCAAGUCCCCUAAACUUUGCGACGCCCGUCGUUGGCACAGGGCCGUCAUUUCUAAGAGAGGAUCCUACCCCACACAAGCGCAAGACCCCAGAAAUCAGUACUAGUGGUCCGGCCCAAGAAGGCGCUGAUGGGCCCAAUGAGGCAAAGCGGGCCAAGAUCGACUCUUAAAACCUUUCGGUGGCCCGACACGCCGGCUUCUUUUCUCCCCACGUGUUUGUUUCUACAUGUACAAAACCCUCCCUCCGACCGGGCGGGACAUAUUCUUACCCAUUCAAUGUCUGUCAAGAAUAGUUCAUCCUUAUCACUACUUUUCUGGGUCGGAAUGGCUGUACCUAUCAAUCGCAGGAUACAAUUUGGG